CUCCAAAUGACCAUUUACUCUACAGCAACCGGUCCCAGAUUAACUCCACCUUGAAAGCUUGUGAGGACGCAUUGCACGAUGCGGAAACAGCGUGCAGGCUGCAGCCGUACUGGCUGAAGGGUCACCUGAGGAAAGGACAAGCAUUAGCUAAUCUGGGGAAAACAGAAGAAGCUUUAAGAGAGUUUCUGUUCUGCCUUGCUCUAGAUACUGGGAACAAGAUGGCCAAGUCUGAGGCACAAAAGCUUCUACUUAGUUUGUUUUCACUCAUCCCGGGAAAUGCUCAGGAACACUUACCCGAUAUCCUGCAGCUGUUGUCACAUCACUCUAGAUUAAAGGGGAAUCUCCUAAAUUCAGUGGGAUCUGGAGGCACCAGCCAUAACCUACAAAGGUUGCUCAAGUUGUUGGAAGAUUGGCCUAACAUCAGUCCUCUCUUCACGCAGGUAAAUGUGGAACAGAAAAAGGGUUUUCCCAUUCAAGAGGAACCAAAUGUAACUACUUCUGGUAGUUUGAGGAAAGCUGUACAGGUUGCAGAGAGCAAAAAGGACUGCUCAGAGGAGGAGAACAAACUCACCUCCGUGCCAGAGUCUGCCUUGCUGAUUUCUGAGAAGUGCAGCCUCCUGAAAAGGAAGUGCUGCUCAGAGGAGAUGCGAAAUGCCGAGGUACCCUGCAAACUGAUGAAGAAAGAUACAGUUGAGGCUAAGGGAAAUGGUACUGGACAACAUACUCCCUUUGAGUUUGUGGAUCCGUCAGAUUUGGACUGCUCCCUGUGUAUGAGGCUCUUCUAUGAACCUGUCACUACACCCUGUGGACACACCUUCUGUCUCAAAUGUCUUGAGAGAUGCCUGGAUCACAACCCAAAGUGUCCCCUGUGCAAGGAAGGGCUCUCGGAGUGCUUGGCUAUGAGGAAAUACUGUAAAACAGUACUAAUGGAGGAGUUAAUAGCUAGAUACCUUCCAGAGGAACUCACCGAAAGAAGAAAGAUUUAUGAAGAGGAAAUAGCAGAGCUUUCCAACCUGAAUAAGAAUGUUCCUAUAUUUGUCUGCACAAUGGCUUAUCCUACAGUCCCAUGCCCUUUGCACAUCUUUGAGCCGUGUUACCGCCUGAUGAUUCGAAGGUGCAUGGAGACUGGCACCAAACAAUUUGGGAUGUGCAUCAGUGACCCUGUAAAGGGGUUUGCAGACUAUGGCUGCAUUCUGGAGAUAAGAAACGUUGAAUUCUUUGCUGAUGGCCGCUCUGUUGUAGACAGCAUCGGCAAGAGGAGAUUUAAGGUGAUACAGCACAGCCAGCGGGAUGGCUAUAAUACAGCCGAUAUUGAGUACAUUGAGGAUCAAAAGGUGCAAGGACAAGAAUAUGCUGCAUUACUUGUUCUCCAUGAUUCUGUCUACGAUCAGGCAUAUAUGUGGUUUAACUCCCUCAAGCAAGCACUCAAAAGUCGCAUUCUCAGUCACUUUGGUCCAAUGCCAGCUAAGGAUCCUGACCCACAGGCUAACCCCAAUGGGCCAGCCUGGUGCUGGUGGGUCCUAGCUGUCCUUCCACUUGAGAACAGAGCUCAGCUCCCUUUCCUUGCCAUGAAAUCCCUCAAAGACCGCUUGAAUGGCAUCAGACGUGUCCUUACAUUCAUGUCUCGUACAAGAUCACGGUGAUGGUGAGGAGAGCUGUGAAGUCUCCCACAGUACUUGACUGUAGACUGUCUCUUGUAACUUCAUCUAACUGCAAUAAUGUCUUACAGAUUUGAGUGUCAGGAUCUUUCAAGCCUGAAUUUCAAAGAAAAAAUGAGUUAUAAAGAGCAGGGGAUGUUUAUGGAUACUUCAAUAGUUUCCAUUUGGAACUCAUGAUUAUUCAAUCACUGCACUGCUAAAUUAAUAACAAAUGUGACAGAAGAAAGUGAUCUUGUUUGCCAUAAACCUUUUAAAGAGCUUAA